ACCUUUUAAACUCAAACCCAAACCCAAACUCAAACUCAAGUUAAUUAAAAUUAAAUUUAACUCAAUUUUAUUCAACUCAAUCCAUAAAAAUUAACCCAACUCAUUCCCCUACAUAUAUUUAACCCUAUCCCUAAUUCAUUUUUCAAUUUUCAUUUUCACCUUCCCCAUCUUUCCCUCUCCUUUUAUUAUGCAACUCUACCAUCUGAAUGCCUUCUAUUCCAUUGCCACCCUUCUACGAUUCUACCAUUGGCUUUCUCAGUGCUCACCUUCUGUCGUCCCUUAUUUUCUCUUUUGCACCGGUUGGACCAUCUUAAAUCCCAUUCCCUCCACUGCACUGUUGGUUUGCUGCUGCCGAAGCCAUUUGCUUGCUGCUGCCAAAUUGCCGAAGCCAUCUACUUGCUGCUGCCAAACUGCCGAAGCCAUCUGCUUGCUACUAUAUGGAUUGCCGAAGCCAUAUGCGGUUCUAUUGCGGCCUUACCCUUCUUGGUACUGAUUUUCUUUAUUUUCAAAAUACUAAAUUUUUUUUUAUGUUGGUUUAAUUAUUUUAUUUAUGUUGUAUUAAUUUUUGCUUAUGUUUUAGUUUAACUUGGAUUAAUCUUUGUUUAUGUUUGGAACAAAUUUGUUAAUUGUUG